CCUUAACAGAAACACACAUCGAUACUUCAUUUCCACGGUCAUAUCUGUGCUUCGAGUUCACCUUACAGCGGUUUUAAAACGUUAACGCGCGAGCUCGCCGCACUUUGACGUGUUUAGGGCUGUUUUGUAGUUUAGAGGUCGGGUUUAAAGUGUUGUUCGUAGGAAGCGCUCACCUGUAGAGCCAGUAUCGCUCGAGUUAGUCACUCCCAUUGUAAAGCGAACCUCCGGAAAUAUCUCUCGCAGUAUUCAGUUACUCGUCUUAUUUUGUCAGCAGAAGUGGAAGUCUAAGAAACGUCUGUUGAUAUUCAUUCACCUGGCGGCUUCUCAGAAAUGGACCCGAUGGAUGGAGGAAUGCGUUACACCCCCGGUUCUUCGGACAAGGACUGGGACACAGCUGUCACGUUCUUGCCAGCAUCGGAUAAUAAAAAGCUGGAGAAGAAAAGAGGCCCUGGGAGAGUUGGGAUCAUUGUCGGUCUGGUGAUCUUGGCAGCCGUUUUGGCUUUGAUCAUUGGGCUUCUGGUCUGGCAUUUCCACUUUCGAAAAGAUUUAAAAUUACAGAAGAUUUACAUCGGCUCGCUUAGAAUAACUAAUGAAGUUUUUGUGGACGCGUAUGAAAACCCGGAGAGUGCGGAGUAUAAAAAUUUGGCGGACAAAGUCAAGGAUCAGCUGAAAUCAAUGUACUCCGAAGCUCCAGAACUGUCUAAAUAUUACAUGGGCUCCAAAGUUCAAGCAUUCAGUGAGGGCAGUGUAAUAGCGUACUAUGAGUCGGAGUUUGCCGUUCCAAUGGGGCAGGAAGCGGCAGUGGAUCGGGCUGUGAACCGCUUAACUGAAGCCUAUAGCUCCAAAAUUCGCAGAGUUCAACAAGGUCCCCUGGUCUUUGAUCACGUUGCGACAUCAGCUCUGGACACACGUCUGUUCUCAAAAGCCAGGACAAAUUUGAGAUUCGCCCAACACACCAGGAGUUCUGCUGAAGAGACCAUUAAAUCACCGGGUUUCCCCGAUCAACCUUAUACUCCAAACUCCUUUGUGCAGUGGCAGCUCCGGGGAGAUCCAGGCCACGUGCUGAAGUUGUCUUUUGACACCUUCUACCUGGAAAACAACUGUUCCAAUGACUUUGUGAGAGUGUAUGACUCUUUGGUCGCCAUGGACGAGCACCUUAUGGCCGAGAAGUGUGGUUUUUAUUCUCCCAGUAAUCCCUUAACCUUCAUCUCAUCCUCGAAUGUUAUGCUGGUGACCUUUGUGACCAACGACAAUGGGAAUUUCCCUGGUUUCAGAGCCGGAGUCACUCAGAUCCCCCGAGAUAGCCCUGACCUUGCAUGUGGUGGUAAAUUGAGUGGAGGCUUUGGUAAUUUUAACUCACCCAACUUCCCCAGUUAUUACCCACCCAGGAAAACUUGUCAGUGGGACAUUGAGGUUCCUACUGGUAAAUUCAUCAAGUUGAAAUUUCCCAAGUUCAUGGUUUCUACAGGGAGUCCAAAUUGCCCUGGAGAUCGUGUACAGAUUGCUGAUAAAAGCCCAUUGUGUGGCCAGCAGCCUGCCAAUACCAUGGUUACGGUCAGCAGUAACCAGGUGUCGGUUGUGUUCAAAUCGGAUUCAUCUCAAGUAGAUCGAGGUUUUAGCGGCACUUUUGAGACCUUUGAGCCCUCUGACCCCUGCCCGGACCAGUUCCAGUGUGACAACAAACGCUGUGUGAAACCAUCCUUGCGCUGCGAUGGCUGGAACGAUUGUGGAGACAGCACAGACGAGAAGAAUUGCCAAUGUGACGUCAGCAUGAUCCAGUGCAAAAACGGGUUCUGCAAGCCCAUGUUCUGGCGGUGCGAUGGAGUAAAUGACUGUGGAGAUAACACAGACGAGUUUAAUUGUGGAUGCAAGACUGGAGAAUUUAAAUGCAAGAACGACCAGUGUGUCUCAGAGAAGCUGAAGUGUGACGGGAAAAAUGAUUGUAAAGACGGCUCAGAUGAAGAAGGCUGUGGAAGAGAGAUUUGUAAAGCCUCAACAUUUGCGUGCAGUAACGGCAAAUGCAUCACCAAACAGAACCCUGUGUGUGAUGGACAAGAUGACUGUGGCGACAAAUCGGAUGAAUCCAACUGCGACUGUGGCAAGAAGGCUUUCUCUGCGUCUCGAAUUGUGGGCGGGCAGGAUGCAGAUGUGGGCGAGUUCCCGUGGCAGGUCAGCCUGCACAUUAAAAACACGGCACAUGUUUGCGGUGCAUCGAUCAUCAGUGACCGCUGGCUUGUGACUGCUGCCCACUGCGUGCAAGACGAUCCCAAAAUCAAAUAUGCUCAGCCAGGAACAUGGGAAGCAUACUUGGGUCUCCACAAACAAAAAGAGAAACUGCAGGCAACAAAGAGAUUCUUGAAACAAAUCAUUCCCCACCCAUACUACAACCCCUACACCUAUGACAAUGACAUCGCUCUGAUGGAGCUGGACUUGCCGGUGACCUUCAGUAGGACCAUUCAAACCAUUUGCUUGCCCACUUCCACUGACGUCUUCCCCACUGGUGAAUCGGUCACCAUCAGCGGCUGGGGUGCCACCAGAGAAGGGGGCGCUGGAGCUGCUGUGCUGCAGAAAGCGAAUGUCCGCAUCAUCAACGGCACAGUGUGUAAUGAACUAAUGGGCGGCCAGAUCACAUCUCGCAUGACGUGUGCUGGCGUUCUCUCAGGAGGAGUGGAUGCUUGCCAGGGUGAUUCUGGCGGUCCUAUGUCCUAUUUAACUAAUGGUCGUAUGUACCUGGCGGGAGUGGUGAGCUGGGGUGACGGUUGUGCGCGCAGAAACAAGCCAGGCAUUUACACAAACGUGCCAAAGUUCAGGGCCUGGAUCAAGGAGAAGACGGGAGUAUAAGUUGCUCGCAAAUUUGAAUGAACUUUGAGAAGUUUUAUGAACUUUAGUUUUCUCAGGUGGCAAAUGUUUUAAUAACAUACAUGCAUAUCCUUGCUGAAGAGAUCAAUGAACUUUUACCUUUUGACUUUUACGUCUAACAGUUGUUUUAUACAUUUUGUAUAUUUUAAUAGGAGAGAGGUAUAAGGGUUUUAUUCUGUCUAUAAGAUAAAGAGAUAUGUAAAUAAAUGUCUUAUUUUUCUCCUUUUAACGGUUUUGUGGUUUUUAGUGACUGCUUUCUUAAAGUGAAGCUUUUGUUUUUUUUGAAUGUAAAUGAUUCAGUUUUGUUUUGGUCUGUACCUUCAGUUUUGGGUUUUGUUUCUUUGUGGUUCAAUACCUGUGUAUUUCUAGAGUCACACUCGCAUACAUAAAUGUGAACAUCUUCAGUCUUUUCAUGUACAUUAUGUAAUGUGAUUUUUAAAGUUGGAGAUAUUACGCAUGGAAACACUUGAAAAGAAGCUUUGAAUUUGAUUCAGGGAUAACAUUUAACUUCAAAAAUAAAUUUAGAAACAAUGUUUCAUUCACCAUGGUUUAACGAAUUAGCAACCUUUUACAAAUAAAAUCUGUGUCUGAUUCAUACGGUGUGAAAUCUGUGUAAUACUUACUAAAAGACUGCAACAAACUGAUUCUAGACGUAUGAAUUCCAAUCAUUUUUCUGCCUAUUGGAUAUUGUUGGAAAACAUUAAAUAAAGACACUUGGUCAAGAACUACA